UAGGUUACGUAGUUCAUCUGCAUAGUUACACGUGACGUUCGAGUACUGUUGACAAAUACGGUAAUUUGCAUUUUUAUAAUUUUGUAAUUUAUUUGUGUCGGUAUGAAAUCGAAGUGACGCUACACAAAUUGGUCAACUUGAAAACCUGCUGCACGUGCCCGAAAGUACUGGUAGUCGUCAACAAACAAGGUAACGGUAUCAUUUUUAUUUAAAAAAUGCGGUGUCCACACGAACUGGUAAUGACCUGUGACAGUGGCUGCGAAAAUUGGAGUGCAGCAGCUUGGGAUCCGCGCACUGGAUCUCUUCUAUCAACUUACAAGCAUGCCAGUGCUUUGGGACAUCAUUCGUUGCAAUUAUUAAAAGACUCUUACGUAAUAGCAUCCAGUGCAACAAAACCAAAUUUGUUUUUGUGGCCAUUAAACAGUCAGACGCUAGUUCCAAAUUUAAGAUUAAGUACACCUGGCAAAGUGACUGCCCUAGCUUGUACGUCCAAUGGUUCUUACAUAGCUGCGGCCAUAGGUGAAAAGAUUUACAUUUGGCAGACAUGCAAUGGUCAAUUGAUCAAUUCGUUUGCUAGGCAUUACCAGACCAUAAGUUGUUUGACGUUCAGUAAAGAUGGGUCCUGUUUGGCUAGUGGUGCUGAGGAUAGUUUUAUUUUUGUUUGGUCUUUGAGUCAAGUCGCUAAUUCUAAACAAGCUGAGCCACUAAACUCGUUUAAUCAUCACUCGUUGCCUGUAAAGGAUCUCAAAUUUGGACAUAUUGUAGAUUUUGGAAGGUUAUAUUCUGUUUCGUUAGACAAAUCUGCAAGAAUAUAUGACGUUCACUCGAGUCUUUUGCUUCUGACGCUAGUGUUUGAUGUUCCUCUUGUAGCACUUUGCACGGAUAUCAUGGAAAACGAGCUUUAUGUUGGCUCAUCCACCGGUGUGGUUAUGAAGUGCAGUCUGAGAGAUCCUCCUAGAGGAAUACAGCACCAUGUUGCUGCAAACGACGACAAAAUUGUUGUUUUCAAAGAACACACAAGUAGCAUUACAUCUUUAGCAGUUUCUGUGGACUGUUCUACUUUACUCACCGGCUCCACUGAUGGAAUGGUGCAUUUGUGGGAUAUCCCGAGUUGUCAAAUUAUUUUGACACUAAAGCACAAAGCGCCGGUUGUCUCGGCAUUCUUUGUACCAGCUUAUGACAACUUUUCCGUGAACAACCUUCAGCCAAGCUUGGAAGUUAAACCCCUGCAGAGAGUAUCCAAUGUAGGAAACAUUGAGUUUAUGCUUGACGUCCACAAAAACAAUGAAGACGAUGCCUGGAUUCUAGAUUUUGAGGGCCAAGCGGAUGAUUUGAACACAAAGAACCCACAAGACUGCAACGAAACUCAAAGAGAAUUGGAAGACGCUCGGGCGGAGAUAGAGAGGCUCAAGAGAAUCAAUGGGGAAUUGUACAAGUACAGCGUGAGGAAUAUUCUCGACAAACAAUCAAGUAUCGAAACGUAAAUU